AAACACCAAACUUCAACGCACGAUAACUCCACCACUAUGGCUCCAAUUGAUGAUGCGAUUGCAGAUUUAGAUUCGCGUGAUCCAGGAGAAAAACUUAGUAUUACAGAAGUUGCGCGAAAGUGGGGCGUCGUGCGCUCAACGCUGACUCGGCGCUGGAGGCAGCAGACAAGCUCUAAGAGAGAGGGAUACAACCAGCAGCAAGCUCUCAGCCCACAACAGGAGCUAGAGCUGGUGCGAUAUAUCACUAAGCUUACUAAGAGAGGCCUACCUCCUACGCGAGAGAUGAUCCAGAAUUUCUCAUCAGCAGUAGCUCAUCGGCAGCUCAGCGAGAGCUGGGUUUCUCGCUUCAUCAAUCGAUAC